AUGGCAGUGCUGGCCAUCCCGUUGCGUCAGCGUGUGGCGCGAGGUGCCGAGGACAUCGAGACAGAGGUGGCAGGUUGGACGGCUUUGGCGGACCGCCUGCGAGGCGAGAAAAUGGAGAUGGCAGCAGAAUGCAUCAAGCAUUGGAAAGCGAAAUCGACGUUCACGCAAGUUGGAGAGGAAAGCAAACUUCGGGAUUUGUUCUACAUCCACGUGUUUGUCCCGAUGGGAGAGCCCCCGAGCACGCUGACUGUUCCAGCGAACCUCAUGGCCUCGAAGUGCCUCCAGAAGCUCGGGUCGGAGAUCAAGCCAGGCCCGCCGCCCCGUGGGGGACCAGAGCGGAACAUCCAGAAUUCGUUGCAGACAAUGUUGAAGGACCUGAUGAUGCCCCCCGCGCCCGCGGCGAAGCCCAGCGGCAACAGCACGGCGCCCGCGGCCGCGGCGCCCGCACCCGCGGCGGAGGCCGGCGACGCCGCGUCGCCCGCGGCGGAGGCCGCCGUGCCCGCGGCGCCCGCGGUGGCGCCGGCGGCUGGGGCGCCCAGCGGCGAGGGGGCGGUCGGCGUCGAAGGCGUGCUGCCGCCGAGGAGCAGGGCGAGGCGCCGGGGCCCUCCGCAGCCGCUUGGCUCGAGCCCGCCCGGCGCUCGCGCGGCCACCCGCCCCGGAGAGAUGGCGGCCGCCGCGGCCUUGCGGCCGGGGCCGCCGCGGGGCUGCCGGAUGGGCCCGGAGGCGGGGGGCGGCUUCUCCCUGGAGGACGUGCGCCUGCUCGCGGCGGACUUCUACGCCAGCGGGUACACGAAGCUCGGCGGCGCGGCCCUCGGCAUGGUGGCGGCCGUGCUGCGGGAGGGGGAGGCGGUGGCGCAGCACUGCCCGCGGGCGCUGCUGCAGGCGGCGCUGCUGCGCAUGGAGGACUUGCUGCUGAGCGUCUACCAGAGGUCCGCCGAGAGCGGGGUGCUGCAGAAGGAGGCGCUGAAGGAGGCAUCCGACCUGCAGCUGCGGGCCGACGCCCUGGAGGCCCGCCUCGGGGGCGGGCUGGCCGCGGGUGCUCUGGACGCCUCCUGGCCGCUGGCCCGGGGCGCCGGCAGGGUCCGGCGCUACCACACAUGCUGUGGGACGACGUGUUCCAGUCGGAGCAGGCGUGGGCGGAGAUGGAGCAGCCGGGCGCGAUCACCGACGAGCAGUUCCACGACGCGCUGGCGGACGUCGCCGCGGUGCUGGAGGGCCUGGGGGUCGAGUGGUGGCCCUGCCGCGGCACCCUGA